AUGACGAAUCCGUCGCGACACCCACAUGGCGACGACAAACGCAACUCAGAUGAAGCUCACGAUGUGCCGACACUUCGAAGCCCCCCAAGAAGCGGCAGCGGCGGCAUCCGCUCCUUCCUCCCGCCGCUGAACUUCAUCACGCUGCACUACGCCUACUUCAUCGGCACCUCCCUCCUCGCCUCGGCCGUCUUCUACGCCUCCUCGAACCCGCGCGGGAGCAUCAGCUAUGUCGACGCGCUGUUCCUCGUCGUCUCCGCCAUCACGGAGGCCGGGCUGAAUACAGUCAACCUCAGCCAGAUGACCGUCUGGCAGCAGGUCAUGCUGUGGCUGCUCAUCGUCGUCGGGAGUACGAUAUGGGUGUCCAUCUGGACGGUGCUCGCGCGCAAGCACGUCUUUGAGAAGCGGUUCCGCGAGAUUGUUGAGGCGGAGAGGGAGAGGGACCAGAUGAGGGAGGGAGAGGGCUGUUUGCCCAUCGCUCAUGGGUCGGGGAAGAAAGUGGCCGAGGCGAGCGGUGCUGGUGUUGUGGGUGACGGGGUGUCGACGCGUGUUCGCGCUGUGGAGAACCAUGUUAGCUGGGAGGCUGAGAACAUCACCCGCCGCUCGACGGCUUCUGUCUCGAGCAAGACGAAGCCCUCGCGGCCCUGGCUCUCCAUCUUGAGCGCGUCCAAGGAAGGCCGCAACGCGCAGUUCCACUCCCUCACCGCCGCUGAGCGAUCCCGCCUCGGCGGCCACGAGUACCGCGCGCUCCGCCUGCUUUCUGUGGUCGUCCCGCUGUAUUCCAUCCUCUGGCAGGUCCUCGGGGCCGUGGCGCUAGGCGCGUGGAUUGCGAAGAAUAUGCCGACGACGGCGACGUCGAACGGCGCGAAUCCGUGGUGGGCGGGGAUUUUCUUCGCGAUUUCGGCGUUUAAUAACUCGGGCAUGUCGUUGCUGGAUGCGAAUGUCGUGCCGUUCCAGCAGGCGUAUUUUGUGCUUAUUACGAUGGGAUUGCUUAUCUUGGCGGGUAAUACGGCGUAUCCCCUGUUUUUGAGGUUGAUUUUCUGGGCGGCUUUGAAGAUGCUGAGACUUACGACGGCAGAGGGUAGUUGUGUGGAGUUGAAGAGUACGCUGGAGUUCAUCUUGAAGUACCCGAGGAGGGUGUACACGAACUUGUUUCCUUCAAGGCCGACGUGGUGGCUCUUCUUCAUGGUUGUGCUGAUCAAUGGUAUUGAUUGGGUUGCGUUCGAGGUGCUGAACAUCGGCAACCCUGUCAUUGAGGCCAUUCCGGUGGGCGCGAGGGUCUUGGAUGGCUUGUUCCAGGCACUCGCUGUUCGCUCCGGCGGCUUCUACCUCAUCCCAAUCUCCUCCGCCUACCCCGGCCUCCAGGUCCUAUACGUCAUCAUGAUGUACAUCUCCGUCUACCCCGUCGUAAUAACCAUGCGCCACUCCAACGUCUACGAAGAACGCUCCCUCGGGAUCUACGCCGACGACGAGGAGCAGCACUCCAACCCCUUUCUCCCAUCCGAGAAGAAGCACCACACCACCGGCAGCAACGUCGUCGCCGACUUCUUCCGCCAAAACCUCAGCUUCGCCGGCGUCGGCGCCGCACGCCCCGCCGCCGGCCCCCACGGGUACGAGUCCCGGACGAGCUUCGUCAGCCAGCAGAUCCGCGGGCAGCUCGCGCACGACCUCUGGCUUCUGACGCUCGCGGUGCUGCUGAUUGUGAUCAUCGAGACGUCGCACUUUCUGGAGGACCCGGUGCACUUUUCGGUGUUUAAUGUUGUGUUUGAGGUUGUCUCGGCGUAUGG